CAACAAUAACAACAACAGAGUUGUUGUACUUGGUUAGUAAAUGGCGCGUAGGUAAACUAACAACAAAACACUCCAUUAAUCCCACCACAAAAUCACCACUCCCACACACCAGCAUUAACACCACCACACUUCUUCUUUCUUUCUACACCUAUACAUACACAUAUAUACGUAUAUACAAAUAUAUUAUAUAAUAUAUAUAUUUAGAGAGAGAGAGAGAGUGUGUGUGUUAAUCAACAACCCUCUUCUUUCUUUCUCCCACUUUUAAACCCGAUCGGGAAAUAAAACCCCAAUCUCCAUUUUCGGGUUUCUUUCUUUUGGUAUAUACUGUUGAUAGCUUAUAUAUACAUAUACAUACAACCCGUAUAUAGUUUUAUAUCUUUAUUAUUUAUAUAAAUGGACAUGUCACAAUCCGAUCCGGUAACUGAAUGGAAUUCAUCUGGUGGCCAAACUGGGCUCGAAGAGCCUAUGUGGCAGUUAAGUUUAGGAGGUGGUUCAGAAUCAUACCCUGAAAGGCCAGAGGAGGCUGAUUGUAUCUACUAUUUAAGAACAGGGUUUUGUGGCUAUGGUACUCGUUGUCGGUUUAAUCAUCCCCGUGAUCGUAAUUCGAUUGUUGGAGCUAUGAGGUCGAGCGGAGAGGAGUAUCCGGAACGUAUUGGGGAGCCCGUGUGCCAGUACUAUAUGCGAACGGGAAUUUGCAAAUAUGGUGCUUCCUGCAAGUAUCACCAUCCAAGACAGGGAGUAGGAUCAUCGAGCGCUGUACCACUAAAUGUUUCUGGAUACCCUCUCCGUCCCGGUGAAAAAGAGUGUUCAUACUAUGUGAAAACAGGGCAAUGUAAGUUUGGGGUGUCAUGUAAAUUUCAUCAUCCCCAGCCUACUGGCAUCAUGCCGCCACCACCUCCGCCACAGGCACCUAUACCUGAAUCUUUGUCUUCCAUGCCUUCUGCGAUAUAUCCAAGUAUGCAGCCUCCAUUAUUGGCCGGAAACUGGCCAGUUGCAAGACCUCUCUUUCCCGGACAAUACAUUCCCGGGACUUACAGUCCAGUUCUACUUCCUCCUGGGAUGGUCCCAUUUCCCGGUUGGAAUCCUUACCAGGCACCUGCAAGUCCUAAUACCCAACAUGCUGUUGGGGCAGGCCAGGUUUACGCAAUGGCUCCUCCUGUUUCUUCAUAUACUGGAUCUUACCUCUCUCUGCCAUCUUCUUCUGGUCCUUCAAAUAGCAGUCAAAAGGAACAUCCAUUUCCCGAAAGGCCUGGUGAACCUGAAUGUCAGUAUUACUUGAAGACGGGGGAUUGUAAAUUUGGUUCUUCUUGUAGAUACCAUCACCCUCGUGAGUGGAGUGUCCCAAAGUCAAACUUUGUGCUCAGCCCAAUGGGACUUCCCCUCCGCCCGGGUGCACCUCUCUGUACACAUUAUAGUCAAAAAGGGGUGUGUAAGUUUGGGCCAUCAUGCAAAUUUGAUCACCCAAUGGGGACAUUAAGUUACAGUCCAUCUGCAUCUUCACUAACAGACAUGCCUGUUGCACCAUAUCCUAUUGGCUCUUCUAUUGCAACUCUGGCCCCAUCAUCUUCUUCUUCUGAGCUGCAGCCCGAGAUUAAUUCUACACCCAACAAGGAUAUUGGUCUCUCAACCAGUAUGCCUAGUGGUUCAGCUGGAUCAAAAAUGUCCAAAAGCAUGCCGCUUUCUGAAUCAACUGGUGGCGUUAGGGCCAGUCAUAGCGGGGAUGCCCAUUCCACGUAGCCAGUGGUAGUAGUUCCCUACAUCACAUUUUAUAAACCUAACUUGCCAUCUUGUUCUUUUUCUUGUUUGGUUUUGUGACAAGUCCUUUUAAUAGGACUUCAUUAGAUGGCCUCCAUUUUUACUUUGCAAUAAGCCAAAACAUCUAGGAAAAAACAACGUAUAGUGCCCUCACCCCUCUUGCUUUCCCCUAAGUUGGCUUUUGAAUAGCCAAAGGAAAAAAGACCCUUGUCCAUCAGAGAGUCUUGUGCAUGAAUCUCUUUUUGUGUCCUAUGUAUGUGGUGUAGGAACAAAAAGGAUGAAGCAUGUAUUCCUUCUCCACCAUGUGUUGUGCUUGCUACUACAAAGCGAAAGUAAUUACGUUCUUCUCCCCUCUUUUUGAUUUGGGGCUGCUGUGUAACUGGGGAAACCGAUCUAGUUUAGAGAAUCAUAUAGUGAUGCCCACCUUGCAAUAUACAAGUCUGUCUGGUAUAUGACAAAAUGUAAGGAUUAUUUGAAUAAUUUUAUCAACCAUAUACACCAAAACAUUGAAUAUUGGUACGUUGGAUUUUGUAUGCUCUUUUACAGUCUUUUUAUUAUUUUUAGUGUUUUAUUUCUUUGUA